CCCCCCCCCCCCCACCCCCAAUAUACGUCUGCUUUUGUCACCAAACUGACAAAUAAUCAUUAAAAUACCGUUUUCCCAGACUCUUUGGGCCACUGCUUAUGGACUAGAAUCCUUCAUUCCUACUUUUUGUGUCUGUUGAGCGUGCCUGUCCUCAAUGUGUUUUCCGUUGCUGACGCUAGGGGCCUAUCAUUUUUAGCGGCCUUUCCGUUCAUUCUAUCGGCAUAGUCUGUCCUCAGCUCUGAGUCACUAAGGUAUAUGCGAGUUGAACGCUGGUAAGUUGGGCUCACUGGUGUUCUGCGCUACGGCGUUUUAAUCACAACAAUCUUCCCCGACGUCUUUUGGCAUGCGAAUGAGUUAAUGACGUUAAACAGUUCGCAUGGGAUCAUGGAACAGACUUACCAAAGUCACAUAUUCCCGUAAGACAAAGUUCACAGGUCCUUUAUGGUCGUUCGUCUAGAUCCUUCCUUUUAAGGCGCAUUCACGUUGACCUCUUAGUGGUAUCUCAAGAAACUUCGUGCUGGUUGGUUUAAAAUAAUUACUUCAAAAUCUGUGUCUCAUUGAUCUGUUUUUGUACUGGGUACCUCAAAUAUUAGUGUGCUUUGUAGGUUUUUAUCCGGGAAUUAAUUUCAAACGCCAGCGAUGCUGUUGAACGUCUAAAAUUCCUCCAAACAAGCGGCGCUGCUGUUCCUGGCCAAGGACCUCUGGAAAUACACGUUCAGACAUUCGAGGAAAAACGUCUCCUAGUUAUUCAAGACAAUGGCAUUGGAAUGACAGCCGAAGAAAUGGAGACUAACCUGGGCACAAUUGCAAAGUCGGGAAGUCGCGAAUAUGUGUCACGAAUGAAAGCGGACCCCAAAUCAGCUACCGAUUCCGCAAACAUAAUCGGACGAUUUGGAGUUGGCUUUUACGCCGCCUUUAUGGUGGCCGACGAAGUACGCUUAACUAUGAGGUCUUUUUUGCCUGCUUAUUUGAAAGUCUUGAUUCAUUGCUCUGUUUACUUCUUUAUUUCCGUCAUUGCCUUUAAGGUUUUUAAGAUGACGGCCCUGUGGAAUUUUGAAUAAUUUUUCUUUUAUGGGUCUGGUUUUCUAGGUAGAGGUUUUCUCGCGCAGCCAAAGUUCGCCUGAAAGUUAUGCUACUGGUGGCCAUGUUUGGAACUCGAAGGGAAUCACAGGAACGUUCGAAAUAGGAAAGGCUGAUAACGUCUCUCCUGGCACGAAAAUAGUCUUGCAUCUCAAAGAAGACGCGGCUGACUUUUGCAAGGAGCCGGUUGUUCAGUCUAUUAUUCGAAAAUACAGCAACUUCAUUGGAGUGCCAGUGUAUCUAAACGGCAAGCAGUUAAACGUUGUUGAGCCUCUCUGGUGUAAGGAUCCUUCUAAGGUAAGCACUACCGUUUUACCAAUAUACCCCUGA